UAAAGUCGUUUACCCUCCACUUUUCACUCAUGUCAGGCACUUGUCACAGACUGACGUGAAAACAUGAGACCGUGCCGAAUUUAAUAUCGUUAGAAGUGCCCGUCAAUCCAGUAAUAACGAAAAACUGUGUGUUUGUGCUACUCAAGAGAAAAAUCGACAAACAAAAAAAUGCUAUCGCUGAAAAUACUGGUGACGAUAGCAAUUUGGUCAAGUGGUGAUGUUGCCUCAAGUGAAGUUAGAAAAUCGAGAGCACUCUCGAAUUUAGCUACCAGCAGGGACCGAAGAUUUCUUCCGAUUUUCACCGUCUUCCAGUGGGGCCAGGGUCUGUGUUCAGCGUCGUCGGGAGAAUACGGUUCCUGUCAGCCGAACAAUGAAUGCGUACUUAGAGGUGGAAUCCCUGCUGGCCCUUGUGCCGGUGGUUACGGAACGUGUUGUAUUUUCAUGGCUUCAUGCGGUGGAGUGGCUCGUGAAAAUGGCACAUACUUUGUAAAUCCAAACCAUCCGGACACGACAGAUGGAACCGGUAGCUGUCAGCUGACGGUGCUUAAAAUGCAUCCCGACAUCUGUCAAAUUCGGUUGGACUUCGAUCAGUUCUCGAUCAAUGGACCAGAGAUUAUAAAUCACAUUUGCAACAACGAUCAGUUCUUGGUUUCCGGAGGCAGUCCAGCACCGACGAUUUGCGGAAACUCGAAUGGAGAUCACAUGUACAUCGAUGCCGGGAUGGGCCAGAGUAACCCAAUCAUCUUAACAGUUAUCACCAGUGGACCCAGCUUCCCUCGGUCUUGGAGAAUUCGAAUUUCUCAAAUCCCAUGUGGAGCCAUCUCCAAGGCUGAGCAAGGCUGUCUACAGUACUUGACCGGUGUCAGCGGGCGAGUGAAGAGCUUCAACUUCGAUACCAUCAGUGGUCGACAGCUUUCCAACCAAGAUUACAGCAUUUGUAUUCGGACGGAACGCAAUUUUUGCAGUAUCCAAUAUACAGCCUGUCCGGAUGUGGGACAAAAUCGAACCCGCACUUUUACCCUAUCCGGGAACUCUAAUGGUGUCGUUUCAUCAAUGGUUGGUGGAGGAACCCAAGGAACUCCGAACUCUUGCACCAACGAUUGGCUGAUGGUUCCUUGUGCAAAAGUGGCUGACAGGCUGCCGAUGGCCAGCACAUGCGAGGAUAAGAUCUGUGGUGGAACGUUCAAUGCGGAAGUCAGUUCCGUGGAAAGGACAGUGAUUUCUAGCAUAAGACCGUUUCGGUUGGCAUUUCACGCCGAUUCAAUAGAAUUUCCAAAUGAUGUCGAUAAUAGGGGAUUCUGCUUAGAUUACGUUCAGCAGCCUUGUACUAGUAACUGA